AUGGCUGCAACCUGGUUGAAUGAAGUGACCGAAUCAGUAGACUGUCAUCCAGAAGGAGAACAUAGUUGGAAAAAGAAGGGAAAGUUUGAAAUCACAUGGCCAACAAAGAUUGUUUACAUCGAGAAAAGAGCUUUCGAAAAAAAGAAUGACGUGGAUUUAGUGAUGGCUGAGAGCAAGGAGGUUCGAGGAAUCAAGCUCAAUGAGAAACACGAAGCAGAUAUUGGAACAGAAAACUCCCAAGACGGCCAAUGCCUUCUCAAAACUUGUUAUCCAAGAAAAGAUAAACUUGUUUCAUAUAUGGGCUGGAAAGACUGGAAUACUCUGCUCCCUUUCAUUAAAAAGUUUACACCGCCUCGAAGAGCAAACAAGAGAAUAAUGAGCACAAAGAAGAAUUGA